AUGCUGGAAUCAAGAAUAAUCAGCAAAGUUUCUGGAAUGGUGAAAGCUUCAGAGUCAGUCAUUUUGGAGAAGGUUGAUUACACGGAUCAGAAUAAUGAACUUCGUGUUAAAAAUCAACGAUCUGAUUUUAUGGGUGAAGCUAAGAAUCUAAAAAGCAUAACAAAAGAACGAAAUAUUCUUUUUGUUCAAGAAGUGAAGAAGGUAAGAGAAGAUGUUAACAAGCAGAUUCAUGAACUCCGAGAAGAAAUGCAAAAAGAAGUUGCAGCAGUACAUCAUGAUAAUGCAUCAGUGAAUCAGAAGGUCGAUAUCAUUUGUGAUGCAGUCACUCGUUUUGUCAAGUUAUAUGUGUUGGAUAAGAUAGGAAUAUAA